AUGAACGGCGCCGUUUCAGCCCUCAAGCCUCGGCACAAAAGGGCCUCAAACGGCAAGCCCCUUAACGUCGUUCCCACAAACCACAGCUCGGAGGUCCUCCAAGUGCAGGACCUGAUCAUGUCGUCUUCUUCUUCUUCUUCUUUUUCCUCCAAGAAGCUCCGUGUCUACGGCGGCAAGGCCUCCUUCAUGACCUGGAGGCUGCAUGAUGUCCUACACGUGGCCAAGCACCAUUGGAUACCCUGCGUCUUCGCAAUGGGCCUCCUCUUCUUCAUGGGCGUCGAGUACACGCUCCGAAUGGUGCCCUCGUCGUCUCCACCCUUCGAUGUCGGCUUCGUCACCACGCGCUCCCUCCACCUCCUCUUGGCCUCCAAGCCCAAGCUUAACACCUUGCUCGCUGGUCUUAACACGGUGUUUGUGGGAAUGCAGACAACGUAUAUAGUAUGGACAUGGCUAGUAGAGGGCCGCCCAAGAGCCACAAUCUCAGCCCUCUUCAUGUUCACAUGCCGGGGCAUUCUCGGCUACUCUACCCAACUUCCAUUGCCUCAGGGAUUUUUGGGGUCCGGCGCAGACUUCCCGGUUGGCAAUGUGUCGUUUUUUCUCUUCUUCUCAGGGCAUGUAGCAGGGUCUGUGAUUGCAUCUUUGGACAUGAGGAGAAUGCAUAGGUGGGAAAUGGCACGGACAUUUGAUGCACUGAAUGUGCUACAAGCACUGAGGUUGCUGGGGACAAGGGGCCACUACACAAUAGACUUGGCUGUGGGGGUUGGGGCUGGUUUUCUCUUUGAUUCUCUGGCAGGCAAGUAUGAAGAAAGCAAGAGAUCAAAGGCACCUACAACAACUGGUACCAAAGAGGCUUUCUUUCUGUGA